AUGGAUAAAGGUAUAGUUCUUCAAACUCAAUUUGCAACAUCUUCCAUGGAUAAUCUAACUAUGGUUCCUAUUUCAUCUGGUACAUCAUUACAAUCAGUUACUAAGAAAAAAAAUCAAUGUCUUACGAAAUAUGGCCCAUUUAGUAUUCUUGUUCUUCUUCUACUAACUAUUCUUAUUAUUGUAGCAGUUAUUCUUUCAAAAAUUCCUUCUUAUUCUACAGUACCUAUUCAACCAACAUCAACUAUUGCUAAUCAGUCAUUAACAACAAAUAAUUCAUUAGUUGACUCGAUUCUACUUGAACAUAUGCUUAUUCAUCUUCGUCAAUUUCAAAGUCGUGCUAUUGGAACAGUUUCAUUUAAUAAAACUAUUGAUUAUCUAACGGCACAAUUAAAUAAAGAAAGUAGUUUUAUUGUUCAGAAAUAUUAUUUUCCUGUUCCUCGUUUUGAACCUUCUAAGAAUUCUAUAAUUAUGAUUUUACCAAAUACAUCGAAUACAUCAAUAUUUACAUAUCCAAAAGAUUUUGUUAUUAUGGAUCGAUCUCGUGAAGCUCGGAAUUGGUCAAUAAUCGAUGGUCGACCAUUGUCAUAUGUUGCUCGUCUAGGUUGUGAUAUACAAGAUUGGAAUAUGACAAAACCCGGCGAUGUAGCUUUAGUUUUACGUGGUAAUUGUACAUUUUAUGAAAAAAUAUUUUUGGCAAUGCGUAAAAAUGUUAGUGCAUUUCUUAUGUAUAAUGAUGGACUAACAAAUGACCGUUUUCAACCAUUAAAUGGUACUCGAGCACCAAGAAAUACUACUAUACCAACAUUAUUUCUUUCAUAUGGAACUGGCAAGCGUCUUAUUGUAGAAAAUAUUACUCGUAUUUAUUUGCGUAUAGAAUUUCAAUCGCUUCCACCUAUGAUUGUAACUAACGUAUGUGCAGAUACGAAAUCAGGAAAUCCUAAUCGAACUAUUGUAGUUGGUAGUCAUAGUGAUAGUGUAGCAGCAGGUCCGGGUUUAAAUGAUAAUGGUAGCGGAAUGGCAGGUACAUUAGCAAUUGCACUUAAUUUAGCUCGAUUACUUGUUUAUUCAAAUUAUGCCAAAAAUAUGCAUUCUCGUAUAAAAUUUUGUUGGUGGGGCGGAGAAGAAGCUGGUCUAUUAGGUGCCAAAGAUUUUGUACAAAAAGCUAAAGUUGAUGGUUCUCUUGAAUUAUAUUCUGUGAAUCUAAAUUUUGAUAUGUUAGCUUCACCAAAUUUUAUUUUUGGUAUUUAUGAUGGUAAAACAGCUGAUAAUGUAACAACUCCACUACGUGCUCUGCCCGGUAGUAAUCGAUUAACAACUUUAUUUAGUGAUUAUUUUGAUCGAAAUCAUCUACCAUGGGAUCAUACUGAAUUUAGUGGUCGAAGUGAUUAUGGACCCUUUUUAGCUGAAGGUAUUGCUUGCGGUGGAUUAUUUACCGGUGCUGAUGAUAUUAAAAGUCAAGAACAACGAGAUCGGUAUUAUAAACUAUUAGGUUCAACAUUAGCUGGAAUGGUAAAUACACCUCUAGAUCCAUGUUAUCAUAGCAAAUGUGAUACAUUAGAAAAUCUUAAUACAUUUGCUUAUCUUCACAUGGUUAAAGCUGCUGCUUAUUCUAUUGAUUAUCUUGCACAAUUGCAAGAUCUUAAUCAAUGGCUUUAUCCUUAG